AUGGCAACCCAUCAGGGCCUCGCCGGCCUUCUGCUCAUGAUUCUCUACAACGUUACUCUCCAUCCCCUCCGCAAGUACCCAGGCCCCAAGCUCUGGGCCGCGACCCGUAUCCCCUACGCCCUCAUGAUCAUCCGCGGUGACCCGCACAAGACUAUCCUCAACCUCCACCAGCGUUAUGACACCGACAUCGUUCGCAUAUCCCCUAACGAGCUCUCCUUCCAGCACCCCGACGCCUGGAAGGAUAUCAUGGGUCACCGCAGUCAGUCCGGGGAGAACGAGAAGGAUCCGGACAUUGUCGAAGAACGCCGCAUCGACAUCAUCUCGGCCGGCCGCCGUGACCACGCGCGCUACCGCCGCAUACUCUCCCACAGCUUCUCCGCCCGCAGUAUGCAGGACCAGCAGCCCAUCAUCCUAACCUACAUCGACCUCUUCAUGAAACGCCUCCGCAGCGCUGCCGGCCAGGGUCCUGUUGACAUGGUGAAGUGGUACAACUCCACCACCUUUGACAUCAUCGGCGACCUUACCUUUGGUGAGUCCUUCGGCUGCCUUGAAAGCUCCACCAGCUAUCACCCCUGGGUCCGAGUCAUCUUCGAGAACAUCAAGAUGUUGUCCCUGAUCAACCUUGCCCGCAGCUUCUGGAUCCUCGCACCACUGCUUAAGAUGCUCGUACCUAGGGACCUCAUUGAGAAGGGCAAGUCACACCGCGCCUUUGUCCGCGAGAAGGUCGACCGGCGGAUGGCACUUGGCACGCCGCGGCCUGACUUCGCUGAGUCCAUGCUGAAGAAGGGCAACGAGCCACUAAGCCAAGAAGAGAUCUAUGAGAACUCCGGCUUGCUCGUCAUAGCUGGCUCCGAGACGACAGCCACGGCGCUCUCCGGCGCUACCUACCUCCUGGCCACCAACCCGGACGCCCUGGCCCGGCUCAGCAGCGAAGUCCGCGGCAGCUUUGCGAGCGAAGACGAGAUCGACCUCCUGAGCACCGCCAAGCUUGUCUACCUCAACGCUGUCCUCGAGGAAACACUAAGGAUGUACCCCCCCGUUCCUACCGCCGUACCCCGGCGGACGCCCCCAGAAGGAGCGGAGAUCCUCGGGCGAUGGAUCCCGGGUAACACAACAAUAGGCAUCGCCCACUGGGCCCUCUACCACAACGAAAGGCUCUUCUCCCGGCCUUUCGGGUUCCACCCGGAGCGCUGGCUCGGCGGCGACCCGGCCUUCGCCGGCGACCGCCUCGACGCCCUCCGACCCUUCCACGUCGGGCCCCGCAACUGCCUCGGCAUGAACCUCGCCUACGCCGAGAUGCGCGUCAUGCUGGCCCGCGUCAUCUGGGCGUUCGACCUACGCCUCGACGAGGCGAGCCGCGACUGGACCGACCAGAGCUGCUACAUCGUCUGGAGCAAGACGCCGCUCAUGAUCCACCUGAAGCCGCGGCAGUCGUGA